CCUGCGCAAAACCCUAGUUUGGGGUGUUCCUCUGAAAACAAAAUGGCAGAAGCGGGACAAGACGAAGAAGAACAUACAUUCCCCCUAAAAAGAAAGCCCCAAGCAGAAGAAGCCAUUGCCAAAUCUCACGAAGACGAUGUAAACAAGAAGCAAAAACUCUCUAUUACUGAUUCUUCACUCGCCCAGGAGAAAAAAGUUGAAGAGGACGAAGAAGAAGAUGAUGAAGAUGACUAUGAAGGUGAUGAUGAAGAAGAUGAGCAGUCCAAUGGAGAGGCGGAAGUCGAUCGUAAGGGAAAAGGGAUUUUAAGGGAUGACAAGGGGAAGGGAAAGUUGAUUGAGGACUCUGACGAUGAUGAUUCUAGUGAUUUUGGGAGCGACUCUGAUGUUGACACUGAUACUGACCUCUCCGACGAUCUACUGGCCGAAGUCGAUUUGGGUAACAUUAUUCCCUCCAGGACUCGACGGCGUACCCAUCAAUCUGGCCUUAAGAUAUCUGAUGAUCCCGUUAAAGGUGAUAAGUAGAAAUGCUUAAUUGAGUUUUGAGCUUCCAAAAAUGCGCUAUGUUUAUGUUUUAAAGCUUUCAGUAUUUAGAUAAGACAAGUCUUUCAGCUUCUCAUCCUCCUAGUCGCAAUAGUUGCAUUUCGACUUGGAUCUAUGUAGUUGGGGAAACUAUAUUACCCUUAACCAAUUUUAUUAAUAUCUCUUACAAUUGGUUU